AACCUACAGACGAAACUCAGAAACACUGGCAAAAACUACAAGAGCUCAAGAAAUCCAGCAAGAAUUAUACGUCCACCGGGAGGUAUUCUACCAGCAUAUCUACAUACACCGCCAUAUCCCAAGGACUCAUCCGUUCCGAGAAAACGCUUUAAACAAAUUCCGUUCCGACGCGUGUAUAACCUGCUAUCCUGAUCCAAACGAAAUAAGCCCUGCUUACAGAAGAUAUCUUGAUAUUCUCAAAAGAUACAACGGACGCGUAUCAAGAAUUACGCACGAAAGAUUUAUUGAGUGGCAAGUAGCGGAAAGAAAAUUUGCACCAGCAAUUAAGCUAAUCAGAGCGACAGUAUUCCCUAAUCCUCCAAGAACAGUAAACUCGUUAAUAAUCGCCUUAACGUCUACGCAAGGGUCACUUAAGUCACUCGACUACAACGUCGAUCAAUCACUAUCUGACGAAAGAGCAGCUCAGUUACAACAGGAAGUAGUUGCUUAUUUGCAAGAAAAGGUAGACAGAGCAGCAAGUAAAAAAGGAAAAGAAAAAGCACAAGCAUCAAUCAGCGCUACCAGUAGCAAGGCAUCCGACGACGAAUACCACACUCCAGAACCAGAGUUCGGACCAUUAGGUGCAGCCAACGCAGACGAAAGAGCAAGCGAGUUAUCUGCUCUCGAAUCACUACAACGACGCGCUAUUUCAGUAUAUCAAGAUCUACAAGCCCUUGAAAGAGAG